UGAAUAAAUAAUCUUUGAGCAAAAUGGACCAACAAUUUUCUUUGAGUCUUUUAAUACUUGGUGCGGCAUUAUCACUGGGGUUUGAAAAUUCACCUGGAGAAAAUAAUGGGGCAGUAUCAGUUCAAUACGUUCGUGAAAAGCGAACAAUUCAAAAUGGUAGAUGCCAAUGUGCUGUCCAGCGACCUGCGCCGAUACGUGCACAUGAUAUAGUGGGACUUAAGCGAGGACUAGCAAAUCUUGGCAAUGCAUAUGUUAUACAUCUUCAUUAUGCCGUAAUACACGCUGACCAACUUGAUCACGUAGGCCUCGCGGGACUCGAAGCUCAAUGGAAUACGGAACUACUUAACCCUUUCCCGAUAGAUUAUAUUUAUCACCCGGGGUGUGCAAAUAUCCAACGGUGCAAUCCCAAUGUUGCCCUGAUUUAUACUCGUUGGACUUUUCCGACCUCAAGAAGGCAAGAUGCGGAAACACUUUUCCGCCAAAAUUUCAAUCAGACGGAAAUUAACUGGGCUACUGAAGAAAUGUACUAUAUACAUAUUGGACAAAGGGUUUAUAUGCUAUUCAGCGAAAGUUUAUCCUACGAUGGAAUGAGAGCUGUCGUCUGCUACAGCGUCCUUAACAGCAAUGGGAAACGGGCGAUGUAUGAGUUAAUUCGAGUUAUAAAUCGGGACAACAGAUUUAAAACGACACAGAGAAAACAAACGUUAAAAUGUGUUGUAGGAAAUAGUGAAAACGAGAAUUGUCUCAUAAUCAGCUCUUCAUUACCUGCAUAG